GCCAUGGAGGUGGAAUCGCUAGCGCUGGUUUUCCUGCUGCUGCUGCUGCUGGGCGUGGGCCAGGGCUUGGCCAACAGCGGGCUGAACGUGCAGAACAACUACCGGAACAUGAUGGUGCGCCUGGCCACCAGCGGGGCCACUCGCGGACGAGUCCAGGUCCUGCGCGAGGGACGCGUGGAGGUGAGCUUCGACUUCGGCGCCACGUGGGGCACCAUCUGCAGCACCUCGUGGAGCAUGCGGGAGGCGAACGUGGUCUGCCGGCAGCUGGGACUCGGCUACGCCUCGAAGGCCGGCCAGGGCACGGAGCACGGGGACAGCCAGAAGCACCCCUGGGCCAUGGUGGGCACCUUGUGCCGGGGCACCGAGCGUAGGCUGGCCGACUGCAUCAGGGAGUCCCACUACCCCACCCUCUGCAACGCCAGGAACCGCAACGUCACCACCGUGGCCUGCGUGAGCCACUCGGCGGAUCUGGAAAUCGGGCUAGCGGAGAUCGAGAGAACCGCCCGCCUGGAGGCGGUGCCCAUGUCGCGGCUCACCUGCGCCAUGGAGGAGCACUGCGUGUCCGCCGACGCCUACGAGAUCCGCAGGACGCAGCCGAACGCCGCCAGGAUCCUGCUGCGCUUCUCCGUGAAGGCGUCCAACGUGGGCACGGCGGACGUGAGUCCGUACGCCAACUACAAGGACUGGGUGUGGCACCAGUGCCACCGGCACUACCACAGCAUGAACGUCUUCGCCACUUUCGACGUCUACGACCUGCGCUACCGGAAGGUGGCCCAGGGCCACAAGGCCUCCUUCUGCCUCAUGGACACGGACUGCACGCCGGGAGUGCGGCCGAAGUACACAUGUGGCAACACCACCCAGGGCAUCUCUGUGGGCUGCGCAGACACCUACACAGAUGUGCUGGACUGUCAGUGGGUGGAUGUGACCCGGGUGCCCGUGAACAGACGGUACAUCCUGCGAGUGGCCCUCAACCCCGAGUACAGGCUGGGCGAGAUCUCCUUCGAGAACAACGGCGCCGAGUGUCUCCUCGAUUACACGGGCGUACACCAAACCACCAAGAUUUUCAACUGCCGGCGCAAGCCUUUGUGGUUCAGAAUAUAAUGUUGUUAAUGGUUAAAGGUAAUUAUAGUAAUUAGGGGCUUAGAAUUAGUGAAUCUUGGUCAAAUGUCCGAAUUUUUUGAAAAUCUAAUAAAAAUUGAAAAAAAAAUCGGUCAAA